GUUAGUUUGAUUUAGUAAUUCACAAGUUUUCUAUUUGACUAAAACAAUGACUAAACUGACUACAAAUGAAAUUGAUUUUGUAUCCGAUAUCAAUGACCGAUAUGCCAUGAUGGAGUACGAAUUGGAGGAAAAGUUAAAAUUACUCAAUCAAAACGAGAAAAAGCUCACGGCAGAGGAUUCGAAAGCUAGCAAAUCCACCAACAAAGUCCCCGCCAACUUGGACCUGGAGGCGGCGCGUCAGCGCAACUUUGAACUGCUCAAAUCGCUGGAAGUGUCAAAGGCGCGACUUCGAUCACGUGCCACCUUCAGCCCGCUGGAGACGAUCCUGCAGAAGGCGAUCGGGAACUAUCUGAAGGAAAGUUCGCUUGUUCCGUGCACCACCAAGAAGGCGUACGGACCGACUUAUGUUUGACGAGGGAUGUUU